CUCCAUGUGGAACACGAUUAUUGACAACUUUGUUGUUGAAUUGAGAGAUUCAUCGCCUCAAGAACUAGUUGAAGGUUUAAAUAGUGGGAAAUUAACUCUUCUAGAAUUAAUUGAAGCUUUAGGGGGUCACCUGACUAACACAGAGACCAGUGUUCGAGCUAGAGCAACAGAUUUGUUAUCACAAGUCCUUCAUCAAACUGCAGCUAACCACCUCACUGAAAAAGAUGUGAAUUUGUUGUUGACAUUUCUGUGUGGGAAGCUGAGUGAUCACCAUGCUGUACAGCCGUACGCUCUUCACGGCCUUGUUGCUCUGAGUGGUUGCCCCAAUCUGCCAGAUGGGUGUGGCGAGAAGAUAUGUCGAGAGAUCUUUAAGGAGGUGCACUGCAUGUCACUUGCACAGAAAGACCGGUUCUCUGUCUACACAAUUCUAUCAUCACUUCUGCAACACAGGAUGAAUGAGUUGCAGCGCAUGGGAAGUGAUUUUGUGUUUGGAUUUAUUCAGGCUAUGGACACUGAGAGAGAUCCACGGAAUCUGCUGAUAGCUUUCAAACUAGCACAAACGAUCACAAACAAUUUCUCACUAGGGGUGUUCGUUGAAGAAAUGUUUGAAGUUACCUCAUGCUAUUUUCCCAUAGACUUUUCUCCACCAGUCAGUGAUUCAAAUAAGAUAACAAGAGAAGACCUCAUCGUGGCAUUGCGUGGAUGUCUGGCCGCUUCAUCCAAAUUUGCUCCAUUUUGCUUGCCCCUGAUCCUUGAGAAACUGUCGUCUGAUGUCCAGAGUGCCAAAAUUGAUUCCUUGCAGACACUGGCUGUCUGCGCAGAAGUUUAUGGAUCCGACUGUUUAAAAGAAUUUCUUGGUUCACUGUUCUCGUGUAUCAAGAGAGAGAUCCUCAUGUCGAGCAGUGACGAAGUGGUCACGUCUGCUCUCCAGGCCCUGAAGGCGAUCGUACGAACUCUCUCUCAGGCUGUGGUGAGAAAAUCAGGGAAAACAUCACUUCACACAUUUCUUGACGAUGUUUUACAAGAGUGUAGGCGACAUCUUUGUGAACCCGAUCUUCGACUACUACACCCGAGUGGAAAACUGUUGUUAUCGGUUGCAGAGGUGUCAGAUCCUGCCUACUGUACAGUGGUCAGAGUGAUCGUCCCAUUGUUACUGGAGCAGUACAAAUAUAGAAAUGCAACACACCAGAAGAAAAGUUUAGUUGAGCUGCUUAGUCAUUUUCUCGAUGCUGGAGAAAAAUUCACAUAUACUUCAGAAUCUCCCAAUCCUAUUGCAGACUUCAAAGCAUCCAUCUUGGAAAACCUUGAAUCUGGUCUAAGUGAUGAAAACAGUGAAUUGAGGUGUUCAUGUGUUCACUGUCUCACAUCUCUCUUUAAACUGCCAGAUGUCCUUGACCUCAGUGAGGUCAGCAUGGUUGCCGAGAAACUGUCGGAAAUGGUACUGAAGGACACAGAUGAGGCCGUGAGACACACAAGUACUGCCACUCUUUCAAAACUCUCCAAGACAUACCCAUCAUUAAUAAAAGAGAAAGUAUUAACAAAACUCAUAUCUCAUCUUCAAAGUGAGCAUAUGGAAUGUGUAUUAGUUGAAGGAAAGAGGAUGUUCACACCAUCGUGUGAAUACAUACUUACAGCCAUGACCUCAUUAGCAACACACGUGGAAAUUGUUGAGCCUGUCUGCAAACAACUUAUGUUUUGUCUUAGGCAGAGUGUAUCAGGUUUAGGCGACGGUGAUCAGGAAUCGUCUGCACGGUCGUGUGCUGUUGUCAUGUGUCUGUGUACGCUGGCUGAAACGAACCAGUCUGACAAGGACAUCGUUAACUUCAUAUCUGAACACGUGUUGACCGACAUACUCAAACUCUUACUCGAUUCAGUGUCCGGGAAGCCAGAGUGUUGUGCAAUAAGUGAAACACUUGUAGAGAAAGUAGCACAGCUGUUCAGAACCACUGUUUGCAGUCUGGACAGAAGGAAAACUGAAGUUCUUUUGGAUAUGAUGAUAAAACUAUUUUUACUUGGUGAUUUUUCUGUGUUACCUGGUUUCCCGCCUGAUUCUGAGCCGUUUGGUAUCUUCAAACCUUUAUGUACAACAUACCCCUGGCAGCAGACACAGCUAAUAUCUAUGUUUAUGGCAGUCGUGUGUUCCAUACCAAGGGAUCUUGUCAUUCCAGAGAGGACAAGGUUGCUGGAUGCACUGUUUAUCAUGUCACUUGAGAACGAUCACGACUACUCCAGGCUAUCAGCUAUCAAGUGCUAUGCUGGCAUUGUAAACAAGCUGCCAAAUGAUGCCGAGCUGGACAUCUUGCUGUCUAACUGCCGCCAGAGACUGGUGUUUAACAACAACAACCCCGAGACGUACCACCACGGACAGCGGGCACUCGGACUGUGGGUCUGGCUCACCAAGGCUCUCGUUCUCCGUGCUCAUCCCCUGGCAGCAGAGUACACUUCACAGCUUGUUUUGAUUCUGGAAGAUGGCAUCCUUGGACUACAAGCAGCAGACGGGUUCCGGGUGAUAGUAGAAGAUGGCACUGACGUCAUGACAACCAGCAUGUGUGCCGACAUUAAGUUCAUGUACAGACAAAGACUGUUUGUUGAAAAUGUUGGUAAACUGGUGGAAGGUUUCAAUACAUCAAUAGAAAAGAAGUUCUAUUUGGUGGCCUUGUCCCAUCUUCUGACUCAUCUGCCUAAACAAGUGUUAACUGAAGAGCUCCCUGCACUGAUGCCCAUUUUGGUGCAGUCCUUGUCGUAUGAAGAUACAAGCUUACAGAUAACUAUGGUGACCAAAAUGGCCGAGCUUUCCCAAGAUGCACCAGAGAUUCUGUCAAAACAUCUUGAUUCAUUAAUUCCACAACUUCUAAAGCUGACCCAGACCGGCAGGUUCAUGCAAGUAAGGAUAGCAGCUUUGAAAAGCCUUGACUCGAUGACAUCACUUCCUGGUCACAUGAUCCUGCCCCACUGCAGGGUGGUUCUCAAGGGUCUGGAAUGUGUGCUGGAUGACAAGAAACGGCUGGUCCGCAAACAGGCUGUCAUCACAAGAGGAAACUGGUUUUUGGUUGAUUCCCCUGUGAAGUGAUGUGCGUUUGUGUGUUGGCUUUAACUUAUAUUGGAUCUAGUGUAAUCACUUUGUCAAUGUCAGUUUUGUGACAUGUAUCACCUCUUUCCUAGAAGAGACAUCCUGGAAAAAGAUGCUAAGUAAUGGUAACGCGGGUGCAGUGAUGUGCAAUUAUCAAAACCUGUUUAAAAAUGUAUUGUCAGUACACAUAUGGAAGAAGAAUUUGAAAAACACUGUGAAUGUCAUUCUGCAGACCUUGAUGAUGACGGAAUAUCGGCGUUCAGUACAAAACUGAUCAUUCCUCACAGAAUCAUGAGCACAACAAGUUCAAAAUCUAUGAACAACAAUGCAAUAAUAUGGCAACUUGGAAUAUUUUUUGUGACUAAUGAAGAUUUUAAUUUCAACAAAGGAUAGUUAAAAAAAAUAGUUUAAAAAUCUACUUUGUUAUGUACAAAAUCUGUGGACCUCUUAAUUAGUAAACCAUGCAUAUUAAACCAAUACUUAUUUUC